UUUGAUGCAGGCAAUACUGAUAUUAGCAGAAGCCAUAAUGUUGUUUUUUUACACCGAGAGAUGCCACAUCUUCAACUUGCACAGAGCCAUCGCUCAUGCAGUGUUGGACAAGGGUAAGAAAACGAUUGAAACUGAAUGCCGAGAAAGAAGUGAUUGUGCAGAAGUGAAAGGCCGUCAAAUUUUAAAGGAGUUAUAUGAGUUGAAGAGAUUGUUGAGAUGUGCCAUGCUUUUCGGCAGCCGAAAACGGGUUUUGCAAUUUCGAUUUGCUGGUGGAUUCGAUGAGGAGGAUGUCCUCUAUAGGAAGAGAACAUCUAGGAUUCUGAAGCCCGCUUUCACGGUUAUACGUGAUAAAGAAUCAAAAUGUUUACUCGUGUUCAUCCGUGGAACGCAUAGCAUAAAAGACACUCUCACAGAUGCACUGUGUGCUCCUGUCUCUUUCAAUCACAACAUGGUUUCAGGACAUGCACACCGUGGCAUGGUUGCUGCAGUUCUUGGAUUGGAGAACUUUGCAUUCCUGUACUACUUAAAGCUCUUCAUCAAUACCCCCACUUCAAAAUCAAGAUUGUGGGACACUCCUUAGGUGGUGGUACUGCUGCACUGUUGACUCUUAAGCUUAGAGAAAUUGAACAGUUUUCUUCAACAACUUGUGUCACAUUUGGCCCAGCUGCCUGUAUGACAUGGGAGUUGGCUGAGUUCGGAAAACCCUUUAUCAUUUCCAUUGUAAAUGGUUCUGACAUAGUGCCAACACUGUC